AUGUUGAGCCCGGAUGACCGCAGGAGCAGGGCUCGUUCUCCUGAGCCGUUCCUGGACCCCAUGGCGACGGCAGAAACACCAAAAUCUGUCCGCAGGCGCCGCACCAAGUUUACCCCAGAACACCUUGGGGCACUGAGGGACGUGUUCCAGAAGACCGUGUAUCCCAGCUGGAGUACCAUUACGCAACUCGCUUUAAUUACCGGCCUGGACGAUUUAACAAUACAGCCGAACACCCUGGGGGACGCUCAGCCUCCAGACAUCCAAGAUAUAUGCCUGCAGGUCUCAGACCUCCCCUGGGCCUCCUGCCAGGGUACCAUAAGUGAGUUCAUGGAACUUUACAUUUUACCUGGGAAUGACGACUCCAGCUGCUUCGACCAGUAUCUUCUUCCAGAAGGCUCUGACGCGGGAGAAGGCCGGUCCCUGAAGUUCCCGCUGGAGCUGACACCCCCAUCUCCGGGAGACACCCCUUGA